UACCGCCCACUAUAGAGGUAGGGCUAGUGUCGCCGAGCGACAGGGGAACGGCGAGCCUUCGUUGCGCUGCGCAAUUGGUUGGGAGAGGAACACUUCCUGGGUCAGAACUGAUACCGCGCAGCGCUCUGCGCUCAGCUGUGGCGGCGCCGGAGGAGAGCGAAGAGCUUGAGCGCGGGCCUUCGCCUGUGCAGUGGCGACUCGGGGUAAGGGAGAUUUUGCGAGUUCCGGGCGCCGUGGAAGAGGGAAGAAAUGGUUUUGCUCCAUGUGAAGCAUGGCGAUGAGAGCCAAUUUCUGCUAGAGACAACGGGCAGCAUUUCCAUUGAAGACUUAACACAGGAAGUGACCAAGAUCUACAAUGGAAGGCUCAAAGUUCAGCGUAUUUGUGCAGAAAUAGAAUCGCUGGCAGAGCAUGGUAUUUUCUUGCCUCCUAACAUGCAAGGUCUGACAGACGAGCAAAUUGAAGAGCUGAAGCUGAAGGAUGAAUGGGCAGAAAAAUGUGUUCCAAGUGGUGGAAAUGUCUUUAAAAAAGAUGAAAUUGGACGAAGAAAUGGCCAUGCUCCAAAUGAAAAAAUGAAACAGGUUUUAAAAACAACAGUAGAAGAAGCCAAGGCACUAAUAUCUAAGAAACAAGCGCAAGCCAACAUGUGUGUUAAUAAGGAUAUGGUGAAAGAUGCACUGGACCAGCUCCGAGGAGCUGUAAUGAUUGUUUAUCCAAUGGGACUCCCUCCAUACGACCCAAUUAGAAUGGAAUUUGAAGAUAAAGAAGAUCUGUCAGGAACUCAUGCUGCACUGGAGAUUAUUGAGGAACCAGAGGCACAACUGUGGUGGGCAGCAAAGGAGCUGAAAAGAACAAACCAGCUUUCUGACUAUGUGGGCAAAAAUGAGAAAACCAAAAUUAUUGUGAAGAUACAGAAAAAAGGACAAGGAGCCCCAGGCCGUGAGCCUGUCAUAAGUAGUGAAGAACACAAACAGAUGAUUCUUUUUUAUCACAGAAGGCAAGAGGAACUCAAGAAAUUAGAAGAAAAUGAUGAUGAUUCAUUUUUAGAUUCUGAAUGGGCUGACAGUCAUGCCUUGAAAAGACAUUUUCAUGGUGUAAAGGACAUUAAAUGGAGACCAAAAUGAAGCUAUGUUUACAGGAUUUUUUGCUUUGUACAAGAUAAAUUAACCCCCUGAGUUAGACUGGUAACAUGGAUGCAAAUCUGUGCAUUUUAAUUGUUGUGAAAUAUUAAAUUCUAGUUCUGUAAAA